AUGUUUUCGAUAUUUAAUUUAAAAAAAAAAAAAAAAAAACCAGAAUUCAAUGAAGGCCAAAAUAACUCUAGUUAUUCAAAAACAACUAUUCCAACUCCUAAUACUUUUGUUUCUAUGUCUCCUGAUGUAAAUAAUUGUUUAGUUGAAUAUAAGACAAGUUAGUCGACAUUAUUAAGUCCUUAAGAGGGAAAUAAGUUGGAUAUUGUCGAUUUAGGUAAUUUAGAUUCUGGCCCUGUGCAACCUAUUUUAAAGGCUUAUCCUGAAACAACACUUGGUUCACAAAAUAGAUCUUUUUGUUCCAAAUAUUUCAAGGAGUAUAACUGGCUUGAAUAUAGCAUAGAGAAAGAUGCUAUUUUUUGCUUUCCUUGCAGAAUGUUUUCAACAAAUUCUGGUCACGUAGAAGAUGUUUUAAAAACAACAGGUUUUAAUAAUUGGAAAAAGGCAAGCUUAACCAUUUUAAAUACACUGAUAUACAUUAAUAGAUCAUAA